AUGGAUGUUGACAGUCCAGCGAUAGAUAAUUCCAGCAGUCCUGCUGAAAAAACUUCGGACUGGCGUCAAGCUUAUGUUCAGUAUUUGACAACCAAUGAACUCCCAGAAUAUGAGCAUCUCGCUUCAAAGGUGAAGAAGAACGCUUUUAUAUAUUCAAUAACCGAGGGACAGUUGUACCGUAAACCUGUAUCUUUGGAGCCAUUUUUGCGGUGCAUAUCAACAGAAGAAGGGCAACAGAUAUUGGCGGAGGUUCAUGAAGGAAUAUGUGGCAACCAUUCUGGGGGGGCGCAAUUUGGAAUCCCAGACGCAAUUAUAUCAGACAAUGGGAAGCAGUUCGAUUCUGGGGUGAUCCAAGAUUUUUGCAAGAACCUGAAUAUUCGCCACAAUUUCUCAACUCCUUACUAUGCUCAGAGCAAUGGGCAGGCGGAAGCGACCAAUCGUGUUAUCAUGGACAAUCUCAAGAAAGGGCUGGAGCAAGCGAAGGGGAAGUGGACAGAAGAAUUCCCUGGAGUCUUAUGGUCCUAUCGGACGACCCUAAAAAGAUCCACUGGAUUUUCACCAUUUACGCUGGCUUAUGGUACAAAGGUAGUCAUACCCACCGAGGUACAUCUCAAGACUACCAAAACUCGAGCUGUCAAAUCUGGGAAAAACGACAGCAUACUGGCUCUGGAUAAAGAGUUGCUGAAGAACAGAGACAUCCUUGCAGCAGUUAGUCCGAUACCAGCAGGCAAUCAAGUUGAGAUAUGA